GUUCUAAUUGUACUACUUAUUCUUCCAGGAAUGAAGACGCUGAACCCGUGCGUCAAGUCCUGAUCCCCAUCCCACCGAUCCGCUCGUUCGGCCCCAUCACUCACCUGCCCCAACAGAUGCCCCCACAACCGAUGAUGCGCCAAAUGGCCCGACCAAUCUUCCCCAUCCCAAUGAUGAGUCAUCACCAGCAGCCCCAGCAGAUGCCUCCAGUCCCAGCCCAGAUGAUGCAAGCUCCCCAUCCCGAGAACCCCAUGAUCCGUCCAGCCUUCCACGCUCAACCUCAACCGAUGAUUCAUAGCCCACAGCCUCAGCAGCCACAGUCUACCUUCCCACAGCAGAUGCAGCCACCACGUGCCGAAGUUCGCAUCCAGUUCCAGCGCAUCCCGAUUCCGGAAGCCAUCCGACCAUUCCUGCCCCCACAGGCUCUUCGCAACGGCCCAGAACAACCCGAAGUUCAAAUCCGUGAAGUGCCCCUGGAGAUGGCUCUGCAGAAGGUUGGACUGUCGGCCGAUGAGCUGAAGGACAUCCACGAAAUCGCCGCCCAAAAGUUCACCGAACAACUGAAGCAACUGAUCGGAGAGAUGGCUGAUUCGGAAGAAAGUAGCGAUGAGGAGACCGAUUCGUACCGCACUACCCCUGCCCAGGAGCCCGCCUCGCAGCACUCCGAGGAACGGGAACUCCAGGAACAGCAGCCUCCCCGCCCACAGGAACAAGAGCCUCAGGUACACAACGUUGAACCACAGAUCCUUCCCAUGGGACGUGCCCAGUAUGCUCGAUCUCUGGUCAACCCUAUCAACCUUCCCGGAAAGGUCGUAGAGUCGUCCCUAUCCGUUUCGUCUGACGAGGAUGCGGAACGUCCACACUACGUUCAACCACGAUCGGUCUAAGCACGGAUCGUAAUCAAACGCGCCAAUGUUUCCAUUCCUGAAAACAGCGAAACAUUCCAGCACGUUUGCACAUGUGAUUGUAAAAAUUAAACAGAUGUUUUGAAGAAAGUUUAUACAAAAGAUAAACCCAAUCGAUAAGUAUUAGCCAGAAGCGAGGGAGAAGAAGAGAAUGAACAAACAUACAAAUCAACGAGAAAAGAUUGUGAAUGUGUAAAUAAUUGUUAGAAACUUUCAAAACCAACCAAAACAACCAAUCGUUCCAGAACUAAUGAGCAAUCAACAAACCUAAAUCCACAAAUGCCACAAAAGAUGUCAGUACAUGAGUGCAGAAUCAGCAAAACAAUUGAAACAAAAAGAAAACUGAAAAUCUUUUUUUAUUUUGCUCUAAAACACAACAACUGAAAGGUUUCCUAAAUAUGUAUUAAAAAGCUAGUAGAGAGUAGUGAAAAGA